AAAAAAAAAAAUAAAAUAAAACGUAAACCAACCAACUAAAAAAAGAAGAACAAGUUGUUUUUUUUUUUCUUCUUCUUUUUUUUUCCCUUUUUCUUCCUUUUCCCCUCUCUUUCAUUCUUUUUUUUAUUUCACCCUCAUUCCCCUUUUUUUUAUAUAUAUAUAUAUAUUCUUCAUCGUUACUAAAUAUUGUUUCGUUGUUGAUUUUUUAUUUUGUAUAUAUAUAAAUAUCUAUAUAUAUAUAUCACGUCUUAUUAUUUUAUUAUAUUUUAUACCAAAUCAAAAAAAAAAGAAAAAUUGUCACUCUUCUCAAUGCAUCGUACUUCCGGUCUUAUGACGUCUACUACUACUACUACUACUACUAUGAUGAGUCCUAUUGCAGUUCCUUUGAUGACAGAUUCUCCUAAUUAUCCAUUGACAGUACCAACACCACCUCCAUCAGCAUCACCUGUUGAUUUGCCACCUAUUCCAGAAUUGUCAAGUUAUGGACGUCAUCUUACUUUGGAUGACGGUCCGCCUUCACCAGCUUCACCCAAGAAACAAAAGGAUGCAUUACCAGCAUAUUUGGAACCAACUCCUCAAGCUUGUGAAGUAAAUGCUACUUUGAAUAUUCGACCUCAAUUGUUUCAUCUUUUGGCUCCUCCUCUGGUCAUUUUCCCUACAAGACGUGCUACUGCUCCUGCUUUGACAAAUCAUCCAAGUAUAUAUACUCCUUUACCAAGACGUUCUCAAUCUCAAUCAAUGGAUUCUAUUCAUACUUCAGAAAAUAUUUCAAUGGAUCCAUAUACACCUUCAUCAAUUUCAUCUUCUCCUAUCUCUGUACAUCAACAAGAAAACAAUCAUCAUAGAAAUUCAACAAAGAAAAGAAAAAUUCAUCAUACAUCUCCAUUUCAGGGUCAAGAUUCAUGUACGUCACCUACUUUAGCUGCUGCUUGUGCUUCUGCCGCCAACUUGCAUACAUCAACAACUUCAUCACCUACCUCUACACCUUCAUCACCAUCUAUUUCUCAAUAUGUUGAUUUAUCUAGAGUCAAAUCAGAUGAUGAUAAAAAAUUGGCUGAUCAAAGUAUGUUUUUGACCAAAAAUGCUCAUAUCAAACGACCUCGCAAUGCCUGGAUCCAUUUCCGAUGUCAUUAUGGUCAAGCUUUGAAGACACAAGAUCCAACCUUACGUGCCGAAGAAAUCUCAAAGCGAGCCUCCCGUCGUUGGUCAUUGUUAUCUGAAAAUGAAAAGCGACCAUGGCAUCAAUUGGCAGAACAAGAAAAACAAGCUCACAAGGAAGCCUUUCCAGAAUAUCGUUAUUGUCCAAAACGUGCAUCAUCUUCCUCUACUAAUAGAAAUUCUCCUUUAUCUUCCAUCAUCAACAACAACAACAACAAUAACAACAAUACUUCCAUCAAUCAAUUACAUCCUCCUUCUAUGGCAUCAUCUGGUCUUCCUCUUCCUCAACAAGGUUUAUACCGUUUAUCUCGAUUGGCAACUGAUUUGGAUUCUGUUAGGACUCAUAAAAAAUCGAAAAAGAUGAUGUGACACUUUUUUUUUUUUUGAUCAUGUUUAUUUGCAUUUUUUUUUCUUUUACACCCACACACACACACAUACACACACAUACAAUCACUCUCAUACACACACGCAUCAUACCCCUCUUUUAUUAUUAUUAUUAUAUAUAUAUAUAUAUAUAUAGUACUUGAUUUCUUGCCAACUUUGACAAUGAAAAUUCACCUUCUUUUUUUUUUUUUUUGUAUAUUCAUCCUCCUCCAAUGUUGUUUUAUAUAUUCCCAUGUGUUUAUGCGUGUUUUUUUUUAUGAUUUUGUUUUAGUAUAUCUUCAUUUUUAGUUUAGUUUAUCUAUGAUGGAUGAUUUAGGGAUGAUUCCUGAAAAAUAAAGAAAAAGUUAUUUUAUAUAAUAAACACUUAUCUGAUGGGAUGAUAACAUCAGUUGACCAGUUCUUU